AUGGACUUUCUCGUCUGCGCCGGCACCGCCAUGAGCGAGAAGACCAAGAAAGGCCCCGUGCGUCAGCAGGCCAAAGCGCCGCGUAUCAUUCGCCGGUCGCCGCGCCCCGAGGCCGCCACCGUCGACCACGCAACACUGGGCAUGCGGCAGCUCUACACGCGAAAGACGGCGGCACCCGCCAAGCUCCAUGCACGCCGCGUGUACCAGAGCCCUUGCGAGCGCGUCCAGUCGUCCAAGAACCACUACGACCUCGCCGUCUCGUCCGCGCCUGAAGCCGUCGGCAACAACGAGAGCCCGCGCCGACAUCUCGCAAUCUCCAAGUCCGAGGGUCACGUCACGACGACGACGAUGAGCAACCAGCAGAGUACUAGUGCUGAAGACACGCUGUCGUCGCCCGUGUCGCUGGACCGGGUCGCCUUUGAGAAAUCGCUGCGGGGGUUCCAAGUGCACGUGGAGGAGCUGCCCGAGGCGGUGUACUUCCCGCCCAUGUCCCCGAUUGGGCCGUGGAUGACGUCUUCGCCAAUGCCGCCGAGUGCUGUCACCGAGCCCUUGUCACCCCGCAGCCGCCUUCUCGCCUUCUCCAACGAGAGCCAACCGAUCCUGCGUUGUGCGUCGGCGACAGUCCGUAAGACUGGCAAACCGCGCCGCCCUCGGUCGUCCCAGCCCCGUCCAACGCCACACGACGAUCUUCUCUGAUUGUAUAGCCUCAAACCGCAAUACCAAGGCAAUAUUCCAUGGCC